UUUCAUUCAAAAAUCAAAAAGUCAAAAUCUGAUUCCAGGGGUGUCAUUAGUUAAAGAUUUUAUGGCGGUGGCGCAAUUCCUGAAAAGGAAUUUGAUUAGUAUAUCAGCGCCAGUGAUAUCACUAACGAUAAUUUACCUCGAUUGGAGUUAUACCAAACAGUGGAAGAACGAACAGAAAAAGUAACAUGGCAAUAUUUGGUAUAACAGCCCGUUACCUCUGGAUUGCUGUGCCCCUGACAGGGUUCUACAUUGGCAAGUUGCUGGAUGAUGCAGAAACCCUGAGGAUGACCAGCUUCAGAGAUAAGUCUCGUCUAUAUGGUGGAAAAGUCAAGGAGGGCGACCCACCGUCCUGGCCUUAAGAUUAGACAAAACUUGUGAUUAGAUGGUUAAAUAAAUUCAGUAAAUUA